AUGACAAUCUAUAAAUGCGAGAUUUGUAAUUCAAUCUUUUCAACAAUUCAAGCCACAAAUAAUCGUAAAAAAAGACAUAAGGAGCUUUUAAUGGAUAAUAGUGGAGCAGAAUCAGAUUUGGAAAUGAGCUCAUCUGUUGAUGUUGAAUCUAAUGGAGAUGUUGAAUCAAUUAUAAUAUUAUUGAUUACUUAUUCUGAAUCUGAUACAGAGUUUGCUAUUGAAUGUAAUUACAAGGAUGUCUUUACAAAUCAGGAGGAGAGUUUGAAACCAUAUGGAAAUUUAUUUAAAUUUUCUUGGGUUGUUCAACACAAACUGUCUAAUAGUAUACAAAUCAGUGAUAAUUACAAUGAGCAAUGGUCAGGAACAUGGUGGAAAGUUGCAUCUUCAACAAUACUUUAUGAAUCAAAAUUGCUUUCAAUAAUUAUAUAUUCUGAUGCCACUAAUUGUGAUAAUCUUGGUAAAACCAUGAAACAUCCCAUAUAUAUUACUUUAGGAAAUAUACCAGUUUGUCUUCGAAAUAAGCCAGAAUCUAAAACACUAAUUGCUUAUUUGCUCAUUUUAAAAACCACAACUAUUUCAGAGAAAAGUUCAGCAGUGUUCAAAUCUGCACAAAGAUUGGCAUUUAUGAAAUCAUUGAAGAUAUUAUUUGAUCCAAUUUAUAAACAGUAUGAAGAUGGAACUAUUCUUAAAAUUAAUAAAAGCCAUAUCUGGUGUGUAUUGAAGCUACCUUUUAUCAUAUCAGAUUUACCAGAGGCAUCAGCAUUUUGCACAACUUAUAAAUCUUACAAUUCGAAAUUACCUUGUCAUACUUGUUUAGUUGAAAAAGAAAAUUUAAGCAAUAUGAAUCUAUCCUCAAAAAUAUUUUAUUACAAACACCAGAUCACACGAAACAAGUCUUAUGAGAUGGGAAUGAUAAAGCCUACUCAAUCUAUCCAAUAG